GGAAGAACCCGGAUGUGCCUGAGUAGUCCGUGUUGGCACUCGGGACUCUCAAGUUUGGGCAUUCUAGGGGUGCUGGCAGCCCGGACGGAUGGCGCAGAGCUGGGCUGGCUUCUCUGAGGAGGAACUGAGGCGACUAAAGCAGAGUAAAGAUCCAUUUGAACCACACCGGCGUCCCCCUAUGAAGAAAAGUCGACAACAACUUCAGCGAGAAAAAGUCCUUCAAGAGCAAAGCCAAAAACUUGGACUGCAAGGUGGAUCAGUCAGAUUACCUCCAGAGCAGCUGCUCUCUGCACCACAACAGAGAUUCAAUCAUCAAAAGCCACAUUUUUCUCCCCCUACUGCUCCUAAUCCUCUUACACUCAACUCUCCUGUUGGCAAUGGAAAACCACAGGGCACAGAAAGUCAACCAAGGGAACUGGGACUUGAGAAUUCCCGGGAUGGUCACAUAAGUGCUGAGGUUGUACCUCUAAAACCAGAUUGCAAAUUGGAGAAAAAGAAAGUGGAAUUGCAAGAAAAGUCUCGUUGGGAAGUCCUCCAACAAGAACAGCGGCUAAUGGAAGAGAAAAAUAAACGUAAGAAAGCUCUUUUGGCUAAAGCUAUUGCGGAAAGAUCUAAAAGAACUCAGGCAGAGACCGUGAAACUGAAGCGGAUCCAGAAGGAGUUACAGGCUUUAGAUGACAUGGUGUCCGCUGACAUUGGAAUCCUCAGGAACCGGAUUGACCAGGCCAGCCUGGACUAUUCAAAUGCUCGGAAGCGGUUUGACAAGGCAGAGGCAGAGUAUGUUACAGCCAAGCUCGAUCUACAGCGCAAGACUGAUACUAAAGAGCAGCUCACUGAGCACCUUUGUACAAUCAUACAGCAAAACGAGCUCCGCAAGGCCAAGAAGUUGGAGGAGUUGAUGCAGCAACUGGAUGUCCAAGCUGAUGAGGAGACUUUGGAGCUUGAGGUGGAGGUGGAGAGACUACUGCAUGAACAAGAGGCAGAAGCAGGGAAACAGAAGGUUCAUGGAGAGAGGCCAUUACAGCCUUCCGGGGAGAGUGUAACUUUAGGGUCUACUGAGAACAAAGAGCAUCAAGCGCCAACUGCUUGCCCAGAGGUAGAUGAACAGUGUGAAAAUCCCAAGAGCACUCCCCUUCUCACCCCAGACCACCCAAGUCAGGAAGUGAAGACUAGUGCUCAUGACAACGGUUCAGCUGCUCUGACCACAUGAAGGGCCAGUGUUUGUUGUUUUCAGCUAAUAUGGGCUUCAGUAGACUUUCUGUUGUAGAGUGUGCCAUGACCGCUGCUACAUGCCUCUUUAAAACAAUAUUAGUUUUUAAAUCUAGGAUUAGUGUUAGAAAUAACAUAUUGGACCAUUCUAAAGCCUCAAAUAAUUAUAAUUUUAUCCAUAGUUCACCUUGAUUUUGGUCCAGUUUCCUUAGUGUCCCCUUAUUUUGGGUGAAAACAAGUAACUUAAA